CGAACUCCUCUCUCUGCGGGAAGAAGGAGGAGGGACGUGUCGUGAGCUACGUGCACAGUUCAUAUUCACCCACCACCAAAAUUCUCAAUCGACUAUCCCAUGCGUUGCGUUCACGAGGAGCUCGUACAACUCACUAACAUUUUCAGUUAUCAGAGGAGCGAAUUAUUAGAUUGCUUUACAGUUCAUGAACUAGCAGUCCGCGAUGCUUGUGUUUAUAUGAACGGGUGUUUAUAUGAACUGUUAAACAGCGCACGGGUUUAUGCACAUAAGGAAUACGCGAUUGAUUUGUAGUAGGUUGUGAGUAAAGGGUGCAUUUAAUUCGGAUUUAAUCUGCAUUUGAGCGCUUUUCAUCAGUGUGGGCUUGUGGUCGAGCAGGAGGGAGGAGUGGCAGACAAACGGCUGGCUCCUGAAUUCUGAAUCCUGUCUAACAUCCACAGAGAUGAUAUAUCUGCCAGUGUUAUCCAUGACCUCAGAUUUACAGCAUUACAGUUUCAGGAUGCCGAAUAUAGGGUUCCAGAACCUUCCUUUGAACAUCUACAUUGUUGUCUUUGGGACGGCCAUUUUCGUCUUCAUCCUCAGCCUUCUCUUCUGCUGCUAUCUGAUUCGGUUGCGGCAUCAGGCGCACAAAGAGCUCUAUGCAUACAAACAGGUUAUUCAAAAGGAAAAAGUUAAAGAAUUAAACUUACAUGAGAUUUGUGCGGUUUGUUUGGAGGAGUUCAAGCAGAAAGAUGAGCUGGGAAUUUGCCCAUGUAAACAUGCCUUCCACAGAAAGUGCCUUAUUAAAUGGCUGGAGGUGAGGAAGGUAUGCCCGCUGUGCAACAUGCCCGUCCUACAGCUGGCUCAGCAGCAAAGCAUGUCCGAACCUAUGCCGCAGCAACCUCUGCCUGGAGUGGAGAACAUGGUGUAGCCCCUCGUGUUUCUUCUUAAAAUAGUGACCACCUCAACCUUCAGAGACUCCCUUCUGUACAGGUACACGUUCAUAUCCAAUGACAGCCUGCAGGAUUCGCGCCCGGAGCCACAGUCACCUUUGACCUGCCUCUGUUCGCGUUCUGCCUUGGUGACUUUACAAGGACUUACAAAUGUACAGUAGUAGUUGAAUUACGCAAUCUCUUUAAUUUGGGUUUGGCUUUUUCUGUGGGAUAAUGAAGAAGAGUUAAGUCGACAUGUUUAUAAUUACCGUUCCACACCAAAGCACUUUUUUGAAGAUAUUUGUAAGAGGCAAAAAAAUACUGAAAAAAAUAAAACUUUUUUUUAACUAAUGUUUUUUUUAACAAGCACUUUAAACAAUUUUUAACUUUUAAAGCCUAGUUACAUAUGGUAGUAGCAAGAUUUUGAUUUCCUUUUGUUAAUGUACACAGAGCCACAGAGCAAAACAUGAGUUUUGUAUUAUGAUUAGGGACGGUAACUUUAUAAUGUAUAUUUAAGGGACAACAGCUUCUAUUGUACAGUGUGUAUGUAUGUUUGUUUGUGUUGAUGUAUUGACAGUCGGUAGAAAUUAAUUUAGUACUAGCUGUACUAACAAAAGUCACAAAUACAGCCUAUUAUUAGUGAUAUUUGUAAGGGCUGCCUUCGAACAAUGAUCUAGGACUCUAAAAUUGAGUAAAAAAUAGUCUACAGGGCUGUGUUUCGGUAACAUGUGCAUCACUAAGACCUUUAGCUGGUGUCCAAAACAAUAAUGUGUACAGAUUUUGUCUUAUCAGGGUCCGGUUGUGGCCCAGCAAUAUUUGAACUGUUACUUUGGAAGUCUUAGUGUUUGAAAUGCUUAAAAAUAAGAGCUGUGUUAAAUACACACAAACAUGCACAUUUGGUAAUGUUCAGCCUGAUCUCACAGUAAUUGCUACAUAUUUUACAAAUAUGUUGGCGAAUUUGUAUGAAAAGAAUCAAACAAAAAUGCGAUUAUAUUUUUUUUUAUGAAACCCCGCCCCUAACCCAACGUCACAGGAGUGGGUAAUAUGAAGUAGCCACAUCAUAAAAUACGUACAAAAAAUUCUUAUGUUUGGUCGAAGACUAUAUGAGGAUUUUGGUUCCAAAGCGCAAAAAAUUUCAAUUUCACUGAUUUCGUUAAAAAUUUGUUUUCUAUACAAGAGAGUGACAAGAUGAAAACCACAAUUUUGUGUUACAAACUUUCACAUAGCAUCUUUGGGUUAUAAAAACAUAAAAAAUUCAAAUCCAAAAUUUGAUUUUUAAAAAUUUAUUAUAAAAACUGAUGAUUUUUUCGGUAAAAUGCAAUAAAAGAAAUUUUUUUUUUUUUCAAAAUGCUAUAAAUCUAUUACAUCAACAAAUAAAUGUGCAUUCAUCUUUGCCAUGUUAUAUUCAUUUAGUUUAGUUCAUUUAGUAUACACUGAUUUAAAAAAAGUGCUAGUGUCAUCCUUGGGACGUCGUCGCUGAACUUUUUUGACAGGGAUCAGCUGUAAAAUGUUUUGGUCCUGCUCGAUUUUCGUUGACUUUGAGUAAAAUAAUGGAAAGUUUUUCAUAAGAUCCCCUGGAGUGGGGUCAAUGUGUUAGCAUGAGUGCCUCUCGCGUAAAUUAUUUAAUUUUGAUGGCUUACAUUUCUUCCCCGUCACAGAAAACCACCACAGGUUUAUCAAUGCCAUCAAAUGUAUUAUUAUUAUUAUUUAUUAUUAUUUUUUUUAUCACAAAGUAGAUGAGGAAAACUAGGAUUCUGUUUGAAUUCAAUAUGCGCCAUUGCUGUUUACAAUGCAAGGGAUGGUGCGCUGUGAUUUGUUAAGUGGAUUUAUUGCAUUUUGCAGAGAAGGAGGACUGCCGUUUAUCACGUUUUGGGAAAAAAAGG